AACACAAUCCCGUCCUCCAUCUAUAAACUCGCUCUUUCUCUCCAACCAAACAUAAAAUAUGGCCGCCUCUGCAAAAACCCCAAUCUCCAGAACCCAGACCACGUCUCUCUAUAAGCCCUACAGCAGUUCUCCCCAAUUGCCCUUCAAAUUCCUCAAGCUGACACCUACCCCUUGCGCCGCCAAAGCGCUGUCCAUUUGCUGUGCCCUGCAAAUGGAGCCCAAGGUUGGACCUGGUUCGCAGGUGCCGGAUUCGUUUGGCCGGUUCGGGAAAUUCGGAGGGAAGUACGUUCCCGAAACUCUGAUGCAUGCCCUCACCGAGCUGGAGUCUGCAUUCCGGGCUCUCUCUGGAGACGUAGAAUUUCAGAAAGAACUAGAUGGAAUAUUGAAGGACUAUGUUGGCAGGGAGAGCCCUCUUUAUUUUGCAGAGCGGCUUACGGAGCACUAUAAGCGUCCCAAUGGUGAAGGGCCACUCAUUUACCUCAAGAGGGAAGAUCUGAACCAUACUGGGGCUCACAAGAUUAACAAUGCUGUUGCCCAAGCUCUGCUUGCCAAGCGUUUGGGAAAAACACGCAUUAUUGCUGAAACUGGUGCUGGUCAGCAUGGAGUUGCAACUGCAACUGUAUGUGCUCGGUUUGGAUUGCAGUGUAUUGUUUAUAUGGGUGCCCAAGAUAUGGAAAGGCAGGCACUUAAUGUUUUCAGAAUGCGGCUUCUUGGGGCUGAGGUUAGAGCUGUUCAUUCUGGGACAGCUACUCUGAAAGAUGCAACAUCAGAAGCUAUACGAGACUGGGUGACUAAUGUGGAGACAACCCAUUAUAUUUUGGGUUCUGUUGCUGGGCCCCAUCCUUAUCCCAUGAUGGUCAGGGACUUCCAUGCAGUGAUUGGCAAAGAAACAAGAAAACAGGCAAUGGAAAAGUGGGGAGGCAAACCAGAUGUGCUGGUUGCAUGUGUAGGUGGAGGUUCCAAUGCCAUGGGGCUUUUUUAUGAAUUUGUUGAUGAUGAAGACGUUAGGCUGAUUGGUGUGGAGGCAGCAGGUUUUGGCUUAGAUAGCGGUAAACACGCUGCUACCUUGACUAGAGGGGAGGUUGGGGUCUUGCAUGGCGCGAUGAGUUAUUUAUUACAAGAUGAUGAUGGACAAAUAAUUGAGCCUCAUUCUAUUAGUGCUGGCCUGGAUUACCCUGGAGUUGGGCCAGAGCAUAGCUUUCUGAAAGAUUUAGGACGUGCUGAAUACCAUAGCAUCACUGAUGAAGAAGCAUUGGAAGCUUUCAAGAGAUUAUCUCGACUAGAAGGCAUAAUCCCUGCUCUGGAGACAUCGCAUGCCCUGGCUUAUUUGGAGAAGCUGUGCCCAACCCUCCCAAAUGGGGCUAAGGUUGUACUUAAUUGCAGUGGGAGAGGAGAUAAGGAUGUUCAUACAGCCAUUAAGCAUUUGCAGGUUUGAUGGUGUUUGUGUGGUGCCAUUGAUUUGAACCUUAUGCUUGAAGAGAUGUGGUUUUGAGUCCCCUAAUCUGCAAUUCUUUCCCUUGGUAAUAAUGUUGUGUGUCUUGAAAAGACUGUCUUAUUUAUAUAUGAAUACUAUGGGUUAGUAGAAGAGUGUGAUUGUUUUUGAAUGGUUGAUGCAAGGGUUGGGACAUCGGACCCGUAGCGGAAUCAUACGGCAACAAAGCUAUUUGUUCUCUUUGUCUGCAAA